CGCAUGACUCUCCCUCAAUGUGUGAGCCAUCUCAUGAGUCGCUUACUGCGCAUCAUCCAUUCACAAUCGCACAGGCCACAACCGACACAGCAUCCCAAAGGAAGACGCUCAGCUCUCGUCUCGACCGCCAGAUAAGACGCGACGAGAGCUCAUCGGCUACAGUAGAAAUGAGCUAGGUGUCACUUGACACGAAUCUACACGUCACUCCCACGGAUGUUUCCUAUGUGUGUUUGUGUCCCGUCGGUUACCUCCUCUUCGUCCGACUCGACGUCGAUUACCUCCUCCUCAGACCACUCGAGUUCGUCGUCGAAUAUCCUCCUGCAGCCCACACAGGCACAAUGGUGAGUUCGAUCAAGUUUGUGACCAUUGGGUGUGGCUGACUCUCUGUGGCAUCGAAUGAGGUCGUUGAGGAUGAAGGUAAACGGCCGGAUGACGAGUAGGCUGUGCUCUGGAGUGAGCUCCUUCUUCUUCAUGGGCCUGCUGAUCAUUGGGUACACAUCAUGCUCCUCGACACUAAACCAACGCACACACCCACAAACAGCAGUGAGAGGUCGCAUGCUAGAAAUGCCUUCUACCUACCUUCCUCUCUUUAUCACUCCCUUCACUUACCCCAAGGCCGCAGAGACCUUCUCGACCGUCUUGUCGACCUUAGCUGAUUCAAGUAUGAGGAGCGGGUCGCUGUAGAUGUGCUGGCGGUCAUUGUCCUCAAUGAUCUCGUCGCACUUGUUGAGGAUGACGAUGACCUUCACAUCGUGAUCUGCACACACACCACACAAACGAAUAGACAGAUCGACCGAUGCAGACAGACGGACAUCUUCGUUGGCUUGUUGAUAGCUUAGUUGUUGUUGAUGUUGUUGCUUGUUGCUCCUGCUUACAGCGGACGACCCUGGCCAUCUUGCGGUAGUGUUCGAGGCCAGUCGGGCUCGUGGCGGUCGCGUCCAUGACCAGGAACACGGCCUUGGGGCGGUAGCGCUCCAACUCGGCCGUAGUGCCAACGCUGGUCAGCGGAACCACACACACACGAGAGACACGCAAAGGACAGAGGACAGAGACUUGACUGAUGAUCUGUGUGAAAGGGUGGGUGGGCCCGUACCGCAGGAGGGAGAGGAUUUGCUCCUCCUCCCUGGUGAGUUCUUGCCCCAUGCACUUCUUGGCCUGUAUGUCCUUGAUCUCGUCAUAGUCGAUGGUCAUGUUGAACCCGUUUUUGAUCCGCCCCUCGACGAGUAGCAGCAGCAGACGCAAGUUUCUAUGCUCCAGACCUACGCACACACCGCACGGACACACACACGCACACAUACAUACAUACAGACAGAGAGAGAGAGGCAGACACACGCAGACAGGUGGGGAGACAGUAUGCACACCUUUGCCGUCCUGCAGACAGAGGUACUUGUUGCCGCCGAGCAUGUACGUCUCCAAUGUGGACGUGACGCUGCUAUAGUGGCCCCCGGGAGCCGUCGGGCCGUACUGCAGGCAGGUCGCACACACACAUAUACACGCACACACACACACACACACACAACACACACACAUACAUAUGCAACACGCACUAUGUGGGCGCGUCAGCGUGGGUCUGACCGUGACAUAGUUGUCGUAAGGGCCCAUGGCAUUCAUGAUACUGCGGAUGUGGUUGCACAAUGUCGUCUUGCCAACGCUGAACAGCAGCACAUGAACAAGAAGUCUGGUGGGCAGUGUGCUGCGUGGCAUACGUACCCCGGCUCCCCAGCAAACAGAAUGGUGACCGGCCUGCCCUUGUACUCCCUGACGAAGUCCUUGAUCUGCUUCACUCUGGAACACAGACACACCCUGGACGAAACCCUGACUUCUCUUCCCUCACGCCAUGUUGUCUUGCCUGCAGAGGUCGCUCGUGUUGCCCAGCCCACGGUUGCCGGAGAACCUCGGCAACAAGCUGCAAGACUCGCGGUUACCAAAGACUUCUCGACCACCACUGUGUGCAAAGGAAACACUCAGAGAAGCCAUCGGUGCGUGGUCGCUGAUCUGGGUCUCGACCUCUGCAGAUUCCGCACGUCAGCGAAAAAUAUGAUCUUGUCCCUGCAGUCCUCUGUGCACAGCGGGCGGAGCUCGUCGUCGAUCUCCACGGCAUACCCACCAUGGCCAUCUCCGAAGACGGGACGGCCGUCGAGCAGACCAACGGCUCUGCGGGGCCCGUCUGGCUCCUGACCAAAACACCAUUCAGAGCAGACAGAAGAGAGGAGGGCUGCCAUCCUUAAAAUUUCCGCUCACCCCAUUCGACGGCGCCUCGCCUGACGACGACGGGACUCUGCCAUCGCUGUCGGGCGGCCUGACCUCCUGAUAAGCAGCAUUCUCCAUCACUGUGUAAGGCUGCCUCCCACGAUCAACGCAACGACGAGACCUGCGGACCGACCGCACAGGAAGCGACACUGUCAGGCGGGAAGUGGGCUGUGUCUGCUCACCUGGUGAACACAGAUGAAUAUUCGGAUCCCUCGGCUGCUGCCAUAU